AUGUCUCGUUCGUCUCUGCUCGUGUUUUUUGUGGUGUCUGUUUUUGUGAGCGAGGCAUUCAGUGAAGAAUGGGAUAGUUGCUACAAUGCGUGUGAAAGGCAUUAUCAAGAUGACCUCCAAGCUCCAUGUAAAGCUGGUUGUCGGAAGGCUGCAGAACUGCGUCAAGUUUCCAGUGGUGCAGAGCAGCCCCAAAGUUGUGCAGCGAUGUGCGCCCGUAACUAUUCUGAGAUCACACAGGCGGGUGCCUGUGAAUUCGGUUGUGACGCCCCCUCGGACAAUAUCAAAACCCUGUUGAGAUUCGGUAAUGCUGAUAAAACCUCUGGUUUUGGCAUGGUGAACACUGCGGUGGGAGACGGAGCAGUGGAGGGUGGUGUCAUCGGCAAAACAAAGAAUCGGGUUGGCAAUUUGGGAAGGGAGAUCAUUGAUAAAUAUAAGGAAGAGGGUGAGCGCAAGUACUGA